UGGUAUGCAUACACGCUUGAAGAACUUGGAGGGCGCGCCACGCUCUCGCGGCAAACUGCAAUCGGAGACCGUCCUAUUAUCCAUGAUCUCAGGAGGGAAGCGACCGCUGAAGUGCAAAUCAAGUUGGAGGAAGGGAAGAACAGUAUUCCUUCGCUGUUCCAGCGCUCUUCUAGUGUCCCAGAUUCCUCAUCCGUUACCAGACGAACCCUCGGUUCCCCUUCUGCGAUGGACUUCUAUUACCAGGUCCUUGGAGCAUUCUACAGUGUCCAUCCCACGAUCGACAAAACGCACAUUGAAAUUGCGCUACGCGAAGCGGAAGGCCUUACCAAUAUUGCUGCAGAGCUCGGCUGCCUCCACCUUCUGCGCCCUUUCCUGAGGGAUGCUCUUGGCCAACAUAGACAAAAGCUCUUCCUUGCCAUCAAGCGGAACCCGCCACGGUGGCUAAAACUAUCUAUAGCCUUGGAGGACGACAGCAUAUAUACGGAGAGUUUAGUUCAUCUUGUCGGAGCUCAUCCUCGGUGGCCUUGGCGUCCCAAGAGCGUACUUCCACCCGAGAUUCAGCAUCUGAUUGCACAGAAAGCUGCAGAGCUGGAUCGUAUGUGCGUUGAUGUCGACCGCGACUUGCUGAUGGUCACCAUUGUCGGCCAGGAUAGAAAACCGGUCCCAUGCGAGGACCGAAGCCAGAGGGAGACGUGGAUGAUCGUGCAGCUCUUCCGAGAUGCUAUUGCGAAUGGCCUGCGCGCACUGGAGCGGAAGAAACGGGGAACAUGCUACCGUAAGAUCCUUGCCGGCGGCUCCGCAUACCUGGACUACCCGGAGAUCCGCGACUCCUGCAGGAAAAUCAUGCUCACCGAAUGGGACGAUCUAGCAGAGGACCUCAAGAGUCUAAAAGCUUAUGCUUCGCACAUUGUCGAGAAGGUCGGCGCGAACGAGCUGAUGAUCGAUCCAGACACAAACGGAAUCGGGUAUCUCACAUGCGUUAAGGUGUCGGCGGAGGAUAUUCCGUGGAGAUCAAAGGAAACGUCCAUCAGCGGCGGAAAUUGA